UCCUGUUUGGGUGCCGCAGCUGGAAGAAAUGGCAGCCGAGACAGGGCGAUACAGGAGUGCAGUCAGCAAAAACAAAGACCCUUCAGGUCUCCUGAUCUCCGUCAUCAGGACCCUGUCCAGCAGUGAUGAUGUGCAGGACAGGGAGACGGAGAAGGGUCGCCUGGAAGAAGCCUUUGAGACAUGUGACAGGGAUUUAGAUGAGCUGAUAGUUCAGCAUUAUGCCGAACUUACCACCGCCAUCAGGACCUACCAGAGCAUCACGGAGCGCAUCACCAGCUCCCGCAACAAGAUCAAACAGGUGAAGGAGAACCUCCUGUCCUGUAAGAUGUUGCUCCACUGCAAAAGGGAUGAGCUGAGGAAGCUGUGGAUAGAGGGCAUCGAGCACAAGCACGUCCUCCAGCUGCUGGAUGAAAUCGAAAGCAUCAAGCAGGUGCCUCAACGGCUGGAGGCCUAUAUGGCGAGCAAGCACUACCUUCACGCCACAGAUAUGCUGGUGUCGGCCGUGGAGUCCUUGGAAGGCCCCCUGUUGCAGGUGGAAGGGCUUGGAGAUCUGCGCCUGGAGCUGCACAGCAAGAAGCUCAACAUCCACCUUGUACUCAUUGAUGAGCUGCACCGACACCUCUACAUCAAGUCCACAAGUCGUCUAGGACACAAGAACAAGGACAAAAAUGCUGCUCGCCUGCCAGGCUCUGCGGCCAAAGACUCGUCUCCAAUGCCUGCGUUGGAUGUCAGCAGCCUGUCCACUCCACGCAAGCUGUUGGACUCAUCACAGUUCAGCACACCUGGAUCCAGCAGUGUGCGUGAGCUGCAGCAGGAUGUGCGGGAUUCGAACCAAGCGGACCUCCCUGAGGUGGAUCCAGAGGAGAACAGUGCUGAGUUCAUGGGCAUCCUCAUCAAGGCUCUGGCCAAGUUGAAGAAAAUCCCUGAGACCAUCAAAGCCAUAAUGGAGCGGCUGGAACCUGAGCUGAAACAGAUCGUCAAGAGGUCCACCACUCAGAUAGCAGACCAUGCUUACCAGAGAGGAGAAAACUUGGCCCAGGAGAGCCAGCCAAGGCUGCUGCUGGAUCUGCUGGAGCUCCUGUUCGAUAAGUUCAAGGCGGUGGCCCAGGCCCACAGCGUGGUGUUGGCCCAGCUGCAGCACAUCGCGGUGCAGUGCCCGGGCGGGGCCCACAAAGAGGGCAUCAAACUCUACGAGCAGGCCGACGUCUCUGCCAAGAUCCAGACAGUGCUGCAGGUCCUGCUGAUGGAGUAUCUGGACGUGAAGAACAGCCGCAGUGCCACAGAGCCGUCGGCUCAGCUCUCGUAUGCUAGCACUGGCAGUGAGUUUGCUGCCUUUUUUGCGAAGAAAAAACCACAGCGUGCUAAGCAGUCGCUCUUCAAGUUUGAAUCUUCUUCCCAUGCCAUCAGCAUGAGUGCCUACUUGAGAGAGCAGCGGCGAGAACUCUACAGCAAGAGUGGAGAAUUACAAGGUGGUGCCGAUGACAACCUGAUUGAAGGGGGAGAAAUGAAGUUUGUGUGUAAACCGGGAGCGAGGAACAUCACCGUCAUCUUCCAGCCUCUUCUCAGGUUCAUUCAGGAGAUAGAGAUGAACAUGGGGCCGGGUCAGGCCAAGCAGUGCCAACUCCGAGCCUUCCUAACCUACUACAUCAACGACCUCUUCCUCAACCAGGUGCGAACAGAGAUCAACAAGGAAAUCGAGGCAGUGAGCAAGGCAGCUGACCCUUUGAAGAUCCUUGCCAACGCUGAUACCAUGAAGGUUCUGGGCGUCCAGAGGCCCCUGCUGCAGAGCACGGUGGUAGUGGAGAAGUCCAUCCAGGAUCUGAUGAGCCUCAUGCAAGACCUGAGUGCCUACUCCAACCAGUUCCUUGAGAUGGUUUGCGACAAGCUCAAAGAGUACAAGGAAAUCUGCAACACAGCUUACAGGGGUGUAGUCCAGUGCGAGGAGAAGCUCACCAUCAGCGCCUCCUGGUCCAAAGACGAGGACAUCAGUCGUCUGCUCCAGUCGCUGCCUAACUGGGCGAACAUGGCCCAACCCAGACAGACGCGACAGAAGAGAGAGGAUGAAGAGGACUUUACUCGGGCGGCUUUUGCUAAGGAGUCGGAGGUGCUGACCGGUAACCUCGGAGACAAGCUAAUCCCCCAGAAUGAGAUCCUGCGGGACGUCAGUGACCUGAAGGCUCUGGCCAACCUUCAGGAGAGCAUGGAGUGGCUUGCCAGUCGCCUUAAGAUGUUCUUCACCAACCUGCCUCAUGCCUCCAGUGUGUCUCCAUGCUCAGCGGACAGCCAGGUGGUUGGGGAGAGCGAACGGAGCCGAGAGCAGAUUCUCCAGACCCUGAGUGACCUGUCAAGGGGGUUCCAGGAUAUUGCAGACCGCUGUCUCCUGGUGUUGCACCUGGAGGUCAGGGUGCAUUGUUUCCAUUACCUGAUCCCCCUGACUAAGCAAGGCAACUAUGCCAUCGUGGCCAAUGUGGAGAGCAUGGACUACGACCCGCUGGUGGUGAAACUGAACAAGGACAUCUCAGCCAUAGAGGAGGCCAUGGGGGCCGCCCUGCAGCAGCACAAGUUCCAGUACAUCUUUGAAGGUCUGGGUCAUCUCAUCUCCUGUAUUCUAAUCAACGGGGCCCAGUACUUUAAGAGGAUCAGCGAGUCUGGUAUCAAGAAGAUGUGCAGGAACAUCUUUGUCCUCCAACAGAACCUCACCAACAUCACCAUGUCCAGGGAGGCUGACCUGGACUUUGCCAGGCAGUACUAUGAGAUGCUGUACAACACCGCGGAUGAGCUGCUGAAUCUGGUGGUGGACCAGGGUGUUCGCUACACGGAGCUGGAGUACAUCAACGCCCUGUCCUUACUCCACCGCAGCCAGACAGGUGUAGGUGACCUGAGUACCCAAAACAUCCGGCUGCAGAGGCUGAAGGAGAUCAUCUGUGAGCAGGCGGCCAUCAAACAGGCCACCAAGGACAAGAAGAUCACUACAGUGUAAACAGGGACAGGGUUGAUAGCCCAUCAGGAAAACCUCUGUUCUCAAAAUGUUUUGCUUCCGCUCUUUCAGAUCUGUCCGGUGAGAUGUUCAGACGAUAAUUGGAUCAUGUAUGCAAAAGUUAGGAAUGGUAGAGCACAAAGUUGCAGGACAGGGGUUAUUUAAGAAUUGGGUUAAAAAAACUCUGAAAUAGAGGUUUUCUCUAUACUUAGAUCAUAAUGUGUGGAAAGUGUGUCUUCUCCAAUUCCUAUAUUCAUAUAUAUAUAUAUCUCUUAUAGUUACUGCUGCCCUCCAGGGUCCCUCAGUGAACGCAGCACUGGCUCACUCUAAUUGGGAACGCGAGGUGACAACCAACACAACUGCAGACUUUGCAAGUUUAGUUCGCUACGAAUCUAUGUCAUAAGGUAACCUACAGUAUGUUGUCAAUUUACACUUUUUUAAAAGUGACUGCAAAUGCAGCACUUGCGUUUUGACUCCCAACAGCUCCAGAUAAAAAGGCGAUUGUUUUGGACACUCAGCCGAACUUAGGCCCCAUCUCAUCUCAUUUUCCUAUUAGAUCUAAACUGCCGCUCUCAUUUACACCUCCAUCUCUCCUCUCCUGGCAGCCCCAUGAGCCCACUGAUUCUGUCUGCAAUAACAGAUGUCAGAUUAGACUGUCUGAAUGAGGCCACAUCUUCCGCCUGCUGCCAAUUUCGGUUGGUCCCCAAAGAUUUCCCGAGCAGAGAAUAGUAUCAUAUCCAUGGCUGUUAAAAAUCUGUCUAUCUGUCUUUUUUCUUAUAGUUAGUGCAGUAAACUAGUUUGGAACAAUGUGAGCUGAUUAACAUUUUUUACAAAUUGAACAACAGAGCCUCUGUAAUGAAGAUAUUUUUGCUGAUUUCAAUUUGUUCCUUCCAUUAAAUAGAGAAAAAGUUCAUUUCAAAUGUUAUAUUUCAAGUCUGGCAUACCACAGUGGCAUAACUUGCACUUUUUUGUGUUAAGGCAUGUGUGUGAGAAUACAUUUCAUCAGUCAUAGUAGCUCUAUAAACUGAAACAUUGCAAUUCUGAAUCUUUAUUUUAUUGUUCCCACUACACGUGUCCAAGUCUUUAAAAAUGAACUGAACAUACAAACUCAAGAGACGAUCACAAAUCAUUUCCCCUCCCUGUUCUUAGUACAUUAACUUGCGAGAGAGGUACUUAACGAGAGAGGAGAGGGGAAUGGUGGCGUUGUCAAUACGGCCGGCCUGGUGCUGGUCUCCCCGAAGCCCACUAAAGCAAUCCAUCAUAAUGACACAUAGGCUGGGAUCGAUGGGAAAACAACCAUGUAGCUGCUGAGGGGUUCGUCUACCACUUGGUGUAAAAUCUAAAAAAUCUGCUCAUUCAGCUGUUCACUUCAGAGCUUUUUUUUUUUUAAUGUUAUACAUGGGAAACUUUAAUACAAUGUUAAGUGACUGUGUCUUUUCACUCAGAGAUUCUAUUAAACUAUUAUCCCACUGCACACACAUAACCCCUUAAAGUCCACAAGGCUUAUGUA